CUUUGCCUUCCGACGCCAGUCCCUCGCUACCGCCUGACCGCUUAGCUUGCCCGCGACGCUUCUAAGUCAGAAUCAGUCAGUGUGUCUGUUUCGAGGUGUGCACACAUAAGUUUGUGAAAGCCAACUUCCGUUUUCGAUCGAACUAUUCGAUUUUUCAAUUUUCUGCGACAGACCGCACACAGUUUUAGAGUUGACGACGCGUACUUGUUGUUUGCCAAACUGUUUUUUGGAACUUUGCAAUUUUCCCGGCAGGAUUCUGGUAGUCAGCUGAAAUUCGGCAGGAUUUUGAGACUGGCAUUGAAAUUCCCUACACUAAACGGAUAAUACCAAUACAGAACCGCGCCAGAGACGGAGGUCCACAUCAGAUCCAACGCAGCAUCACAUCACAGUAGAAGACGCAGGAUCCCGACAACAUGCGCUAAAACUGUCGUGUUCUUCUCAUCCUGAAAUCUUCGCUUCGCUUAUCGCCUACCCGCUUUGAAGCUUCUUCUCGAAACCAAAAAAAAAAAAAUAAACAGACGUGGAGGAAGACCGUCCCCGAGAUACCCGCCCGCGAACACGUCGUGUCCACAGAACGGAAGCCGAUAAGGAUGGACAAUAACUCCACCUGAACGCCGAAACGAAUUUUUUUUCGAAUCCCCGGAAAGUAUCCACGUUGCGAGGCGCGCUUUUGUGAUCCAGAGGACUUGAGUUUUUUUUUCGUAAUACGUGAUCGAUUGGAUUUAUCCGAUAUAUAUAUAUUAAAAGAGAUGGCCGCCAUGGUGAACAUGAAUAACCUGUUGAAUGGUAAGGAUUCCCGUUGGCUCCAGUUGGAGGUCUGCAGGGAGUUCCAGAGGAAUAAGUGCUCGAGACCGGACACAGAGUGCAAGUUUGCACAUCCGCCCGCCAACGUCGAGGUACAGAACGGGAGGGUGACAGCCUGCUACGACAGUAUCAAGGGUCGAUGUAACAGAGAGAAACCCCCAUGCAAAUACUUCCACCCACCACAACACCUAAAGGAUCAACUGUUGAUCAACGGUAGGAAUCACUUAGCCCUGAAGAAUGCCCUGAUGCAGCAAAUGGGUCUCACGCCCGGGCAAGCUCUAGUACCUGGACAAGUUCAAGCGGUGGUGGACACGCCAUUAGACAGUGCUUCCCUGACCUUCCUUCCGCACAUCCCCAUGUCUCUAGAUGAACAGUAUGCACUUAUGGCUACCAACCCUUAUCUCUCAGGAAUGCCUCAAGUAGGAAGCACGUACAAUCCAUACUUCGCACCUGGACCUAUAAUGCCCACAAUCGUCGGCCCUGAUCCUACUGGUGUUGCCUCACAAUUGAGUGUGGUUCCACAGACUGUAGUCACGCAACAAAAGAUGCCAAGGACCGACAGAUUAGAGCCUGCCGCCGUUUCGCCAUUGUUGGCCCCUCAUCAGGCCGCAGCAACCGCCCUCGAAAUAGGCAAGAAGAGGCCUAGAGAGCCCUCGGCCGCUGACGCUGAUUUAUUACUGAUGGAUAUGAAAUCUGUUGGUUCUUUUUAUUACGAAAACUUCCCUUUCCCGGGCAUGAUGCCAUACAAGCGACCGGCGACCGACAAAUCUGGCGUACCCGUCUAUCAGCCGAACGCGACUACAUACCAACAGCUAAUGCAACUCCAACAGCCAUUCGUGCCCGUAUCAUGUGAGUAUUCUACUUCCCCCGCCCCCGCAGCCUGCGCUUCUCCCGCAGCUUCCUCCAUUCCUCCCUCAGAUCAGCAAAUACCCGCCACCACCUCGGUCGCUAGCCAACUGUCCAAAGAAAGCGAUAAUCCCAUACCAGUUGCUUCGACGUCGACCGCAACCUCUGCCUCCGCUCCCUACACCGUAUCCGCCUACACCCAACAACAGCAACAGUCCAUGGUUCCCGAUCCCGCCGCGCUUGCCAAGGAGGUCGCUCAACAGAACUACGCGAAAGCCGUAAAGUUCGCGCAGGCCCAGGCGAACUCGAAUUACGCGGCAGCCGUUGCGGCCACGCAGUCGUACGCCGCCACCUUGGCGACGCCGACCUACGCAACCGCGGUACCGCUAUCGCUGAAUCCCAUGAACUACACGGGCAUAUCGCUGAACAAGCAGGCGCUCUCCGUGCCGCCGCCCGCGCUCGCCAGGUAUCCCAGUCUUCCCUUGGGCUUUGGCGCGGCCGGUCUAAAUCUCGGCCUAACAAAUCCAUACGCAGCCCUAAACCAGACUAAUUUACUAAACUUUGCAAGACCGCCGCCCACAUUUCUAAAUCCGUACUCCCUCGUCAGGGCAACCUAUCCAACAGCUGGUGCUGCUCCCGUUAUGAACGCUAGCCUCAUCGGCGCCCAGUACCAAGUACCAGUCUCGGCCGCCUCGAUAUCGAACGUCCCGACGUCGAACAAUCUCUCUGCGGCCGCCGCCCAAAACAACAAUAACAACGUAGUCCUACAGCCGUACAAAAAACUCAAGACUACCUAAUCCGUUCGAAACACGCCACUUUGUUAUCAUUGUUUUGUUGAUUUGUGUUAUAGUUGAAAUUUGUAUAAAUUUGUUUUCGUCGAAAUUAUACUAAUAUUAUUAUUAUUAUGAAUCGUUUUGUGUAAUAAUUUUUAAAUAAUUUUAAAUUGUAUCAUAGUCCCAUUAAAUUUUUGAAUUUGGAUUCGAUUUGAUUCUUCCUAUCCCAUUCUAGUCAUCAGUAGUUAUUACAAGAUUUUUUUUGGUGCGAUUUCAUCAAUCGCGCAUUCGCCCUGUGAGCUUGGUUCUCGUAUUGCGAGUGGACGCUGAACGUUUGGCGUCGUCUCGUAGCUCGACAACCGGACGCCAUUCUUUCCAUAUAAAAUUGAUACAAUCAGAGAGUCAUCGUGGGCAGAAAUAGUUUUGAGCGAUCUUUGAAAACAAGCGAGUGCCUCCUAACUGUGAUAUCCUCACAUCUGCUGUCUCGCAACGCCAACUCCCAUCCUAACACUCUGGUCAUUAUUAUUUACAAACUAGAAUACUGUCUAUUUGCUAUGUAAGGAGUUAGUAAUAUGUAUUUUUAUAUUAUAUGGUUUCAUAAUAUUUUGUACUUGUUAGAAUUAUUGCAUGGACACAUCGUAUUAUAUCUCCUCUUGGGUAUCCUUUUAAACCGCAUGGUAGGUAGUACAUAUUACCGUUUUUCCUUUAGAAGUGCCAUCGCUGUAGGUUAAAUCUUGGUUUGUGAACCUACCCAAAAGGAAUUUAUUUCGACUGACGUACCUACCGCACGAGGAUUUUGUCGAUUUUUAUCCUACCGCUUCAAAAACUUCACCAAAAGUUACUUUUGAUGAACUUCCCAAAGUAUAUUCUUUUACGCACAAGGUUGCACAAAUUGGCAGCAUUGAUCAAUUUCAUGCUACUAUAUUAACAAAGAUUAAUUCAUGAGAAAACUACCUCAAGUCUUCGAAUUAACCUAUUUGCGGAUUUUGCUACAUAUAAGAAACGUCAUGAUAUCAAUAUAAUAUAUCAGAAAGACGUCAAGGUUACCCUCAGAAGAUGAAAAGUAGUUAGUUUUUACCGAUUUCUGUGAGUCCAUUUCUGCAUGGGGCUUAAGUCUAGUACUUGUUUGCAUGAAAGAACGUUGCAGUUUUAAUUGAAGAGGUUGAAGGCGGAAUCACUUCUUUUUGGGUUGGUGACUCCAGUGUAAAUUCCCAGUUUACGACACUUAGUUUCCGAAGGCCACUUGUUAGUUUACAGUGUGUUCCCCUCUCAGAGAGGUUGUUUUUGUCUUCCUGGUUUUGAUCUCGAAGCACAAAUAUCGUUGACAUAUUUGACUUGUGGGAGAAUCCUCACGUUAGCAAAACGAAUAUUUUUUUAUAUUCAGUCAGAUUUGAAAGAAGCUAGAAGUUCAGAAGAUUCAACGAAUAUUUUUAAAUGUGACUAUUUUCAUGUCAAGUUUUAUUCGAGUUGGUAGAGAGUAUCUUUGAGAAUAGUUUGUGUAAUAAAGCGUAGGCUAGUAAGUUUUGUGAUGUAUCAGAUAAAAUUUGAAUAUUCACAUAUUUACAUAUAGUAUGAAUAUAAAAUGUGUCUUACUACUUAUUAGUAAACUUUAAAUAUUUCACAUAAAUUGUAUACUAUUAUUCAAACUUGUACGGAAAUGUGAUGCAUGUUCAAUUUAGUGACUAUUCAAAUCCAUUAAGCGUAAGAUACUAAUGGAAUUGUUUGCAUUUUUGAGUAGGUUUUAACUGUAAGAGACAGGUUAGAGUUUGCAGUAGUACACUCGAUAAGAAGAAUAAAGUUAUGUGAGGGCAGGGAAAGACCCAUACAUUAGGCUUCGAUGGUACUCCUGAUAUUAUUUAGCUUCGGUAAAAUGCUUCGAAGUUUUGCAUAAAAUAGACGAGAAAUCAAGUAUCCUCGUGCUAGUACACCAUACGCAUCACGGCCUAAUUCAUGCUGCUUUUUAUUAUCAGUAUUUCCACUACUAUUUCUCAUAGUUUUAAAACCGAAUCAGCUUUUCUCUGUCUUCAUAUAACUUGCGUUAUCAGCCGCCAACCAUUAUGAACUUAACUUACAAUAAUGUAGUGCCUUUCGGGCUGCUGAUCACGCUUUGCAGAGGUGUGGGUUACUUUCACCACAUGGUGUGACAACUGUUUCCAUAUUUGUAUUAUUUUAUUGUGUAAUGUACUUGUUCUAAUCCUGAGGUGUAUGAAAUUAUGAUCACGCCACUAUUUGUAAUAAUAAUGCUUGAAAAUGCAUGAUCUUUGUUUUAUUAAUCAUUUGCUUAUUUUAUUUCCGAGAAUAUCCCGUAUUCCACUUCGAUUUUAGCCGAUCAGCAUCAUUUCUCAUUAUCUCUCGCAGCUCAAAAAAUGUCUCCUCUAAACAGGUUAUCGAUUACUUCGUUUUCAUUCCUUCGAUGAAUUUUUUUUCUAAAUCUUUUUUUUAAUGUUGAUAAGCUCCAGAUUGUAGUUGUGUGAUUGGUUUCCUAUGGCUUAAGUGAGGUAAUGGGGUAGAAUUUGAUCUUGUCUUCUUCACUUGAUAUUAUUUUCGAUGAAUGAUGCUGGAAAAAAUUUCGUGUUAAAGAAAUUAAAAAUGAUUUUUCAAAGAAUUGAACAGAGAGACAUGCUGAUGCUAGAAAUGCUAUUAUGAACCUCUUAUUUCGCUUACUAUACAUCCAAAAGUUCUAUCGAGGCUGUAGAACUCCCUUCGCUUGCCACACAUUUUAUUUUUUGUAUUUUUUUUCUCUUAGGUCACCUUCCUAUAAACUGCUUCAUGAAACUAACACUCGCUUCUCGAAAUCCAGAAUGACACAUCAAAUAUUGUUCAAUCAGUGAAAAUUUAACAUUUAAUUCUUCACAAAUUCCAGAUAUAAACAAAAAUAUUCUCAGAAGUGAGAAAUUUAACACAAAAAAUAAUUUGUCUCUGGCAAGCUUUCCCUUCUUUCCUUUCGACACGAGUAAUACUUGUACAGAACAAAUGAACUUUCGAUAUGUUGAGUAGGAUUAUUGAACAUUUCGCUUUCUGUGUUAUCACUAUGCUAUUUUAAGUUCAUCGAACUUUUUUGUCGUAUUUUUAUUUGAUUUUCCAUCGUGAGAGUAUUUCCAUGUUAUCGAUAGCUGCUUCUACAAGUUUUUUUGGAUAUUUACUUUCGAAUCUUGAUACUUUCAGUGGUGUAGUUUCUGGUCCUACUCAGCAUAUCUGGUGUUUCAAAGAGAAGUAAACAAAGAAUCUGAUCUGAAAAUCAGAAUAAUAACAAAACUCAUUCCUUCUGCACAAAAGGUUUAUGCAAUUGAAAGCACAACUACCUUUAAGAAAAAAACAUUGAGAAAAGUUGAAAUAACGAGUGUGGGAAAAGUUACACCCCUAUUGUACGUGUGUAUCGCUAUGCAGUGUUUCUUCAGAAGCUAUGAAUAUAUCUUUUCUCCAUUUAUCCCAUCCAUAAAAUCUGUCAAGCUUUGUAGUAAGUAAAAUUAUGUAGAUUCUUCAUAUUUUAGAUAAUACAACACUCUAUUGAAUAUUUUUAUACUGAUAGUAUUUCAAGUUCAUACUCAAUAUGUUGUUUUGCAGAACCCAGCAGCAUAGACUAAUUUGUAGUAUCGCCGAAUUUGUACUACACUUAACAGCUUCUUAAUCAUUCUUAUAUUUUAACAGUAUUUUGCUUUAUUGCUUAUACGUUAGGUAAUUAGCAAAUCUACAUUGUAAGUAAGUUUUCAGUUUUUCAGUUUAACUUUUUUCUUGACUUGUGAGUUCCACUAACAAGUUUUCGAGUGUGCAGUAUCCCUCAAAUUGAAACUGGCAAAUUUUAAUGAAAUACGUCUCGACAGAAAGUGUUAUUUAAUUUUUUAAUUUAUGAGUAAUAGUUGGUUUAUUCGGGAGGAUAUUGUGCACUUAUUCUUUAAUUGUUUAACUUGGUGUAAUCUCAUUUUUUUUGUGAAACUCAAUUGAUAAUUCGAUAUCAUUCGUUGUUCGAGUGACCAUCAGGUCCAAUAUCAUGUGUUUCAGAAAGAACCUAUACGAAUUGAUGCUAAGGAGACAAAGAUCUCUAACAUUAACUUCCAUACGUCCAGUUGCAGGAUGUUCAGUCGAGAUUUAAUGUUCCAUUAUUGCCUUCAAGAAUGUUUUAAAUUUUAAUGAGGGCAUUAAAUAUUAAUGGAACUGGACCUAUGGAAAUUUUAAAAUUUGAGAUUGCAUCGUCGUACCUAUUUUGCAUCUAUUUACUUAUUGAUUUUAUUGCUUCGUUCUGUUUCAUGCUUUCGUUGUCUGAAUUUUGCCUGGAUCUUUUCUCCUCCUAAAACCCGAAAUCAACUCUUCAAAAAAAAAAAAUGAACUUGUCCUUCCCACAUAAAAAAUUAUUUUGCGUACACUGACAACCUGUACGUCAAUAUAUGGUUAUGGGACCCACCGGACACCACGAAAACCAUACUAAAAUCUUCUAUUUCAUGGAAAAUGCAUCGUGAUCUCUUUCGAUUGCCUUUCUUGUUGUAUACCGUAAAAAAAACAACACCUCAUUCCAAAAACAAAACACAAUCACGGCUCUGGUGUAUGGUGGGUGACGUUAUGGCUGUUAUGUUAUCGUAUUGCUGAUUGGCUGCGAUAACUUUGCUGGCUUGCUGCACUACUGCAUGUCGCCGUCAUAGACAAUGGUGCGUCUGUACCCCAAAACGCCCCCUUUGUGAUCUACACUGACGAACAAGGACAGUUACUGGACACCCUCCCGGUGUGCCAAGAUUUUAAUCGUGGCCUAUGUAACCGGCAAGCCUGCAAAUUUGUACAUCUACAGGAAGGAGAAGGGGUGGAAGUAGUGAAUUACAGAGUGGCAGUAUGUAGAGAUGCAGCAAAAGGCCAAUGUUCUCGGACAGUGUGUAAAUACUACCACAUACCAGUUGCACUACCACCAGCGCCUGUUAUGGCCGCCCUGUCUUCUUACUUGUAGUCAGUCACAAUGAGACUCACCGAACCGUUUUAUUUAUGUCAAGUUUGUAUGAUAUUGAAAAACAUAUUGAUAAUGUAGAUCCGUCAGUUGAUGACAGAAAUACUUGUUUAUAUUAAGUUUUCGUUUUAAUGAUGUAGCGAUUAAGUAAGGUAUUAUCAAAGUGAGUGUAAACCAAUGUGACCGAGGAAAAUUGUUAUUUCGUCAUUUUUAUCCACUUAAAAAGCGACCCAAUUGAAAAAAAAUCAGAUUAAAACUAUUAAAACGAAUUGACUAUUGUCAUGGUUCUUCCGGUACUGGAACACCUUAAUUUUACAUCCAGAUCGUUUGAAACGAAUCGGCUUAAAGUUCCUUCAGAUAAUUUUCUGACGUCACAACGGUACCAGUCACCUCCGAGUUUUCAGUUAACCAUCGCGGAAAUCGACCUCGGGCAGAGGGCCAUGAAAAUAGUCGACUAGGAUUAAUCUGGAACGAUUUUAUUUCGUGUUAGUUCCGACGUGAUCAAAUCACUGUGUUACUUGUUUUUUUUUGACGUUCUUAUAUUUGCUGUGAUUAAAUGGGUGUUGGAUACUUUGAAGUGUGACAUAUUCUAAAUCUGAAAGAUUAUUAUUUUAUUUUUUACUAACUAACUAAUUAACAUAUAACUUCGAUCAUGUUGCCUGGAUGGUUUUCGGAAGAGAAUGGUUAUAUUACGAACCUUGGGCUGAUGAUAGAUAUUGGUCUAGUCAAAAUCGAGUAUGUAGGUUUUUUUUAAGUAGUGUCCCUUCAAUAUUAAUCUUAGGAAAUUAACAGAAACAUAGGUGCAUUUCCCGUUUCGGGAAUAAAAUUAUCAUUUUUCGUAAAAUUAAAUUUAGCAGCCAGUCCAUAGCUGAUGUUAACGUGACGUUAUUUUUCCACGUGACAAUCGGAAAUACAGAGAUUUUAAUACUCAAAUUGUAUUCAUCGAAUAUAAACGAACUGGGACGCCAGUUUGUGUACGAUUAAAAUAUAUAUGUGAUCAACGUCCAGAUUUCAAAUAGAACACGAAUCUACAACUUUGAUACGUAACAAUAUUUCUUCUUGAUUUUUAAAAAAAAAUUUCAUAUCUUCCUACUUAACUUGACACUCGAAUAAUGCAAGGGUACGGAACGGCUUUUUUUCGAAACGUGUCUAUAUUUCGAAUAGAAAACUUGAGUAUUGAAAUUGAGUCAAAUGUUCCUCUUUAACUUAUAAGUAAAAGUUCCAAAUUGAUGGUAUCAAUGGGUAAGAUGUCAGUUGUGAUAUUAGUCGAUCCGUAUAUGUAUGCUGAAGUAUUUAAAAGUUGUACAUAAGUAAUAUUGACACAUUCGAAAUAACUCGAACUUGAGAGUUGUUCGUUAUGUCUGUCUAGUAUUAUACUGGUAAAUCCUAGCAUAUUCGACGAAGAGCCCAAGGGAUUAUAAAUAAUUUUGAUAAAAUUCCUACGCUAAGUUGAAAGUUUGCCUUGGACAAUCAACUGGGCGUUUAGAGUUUAGAGCUCGACAGUUAUCCUUCAAUGGGAUGUUCUUGGGCUAAUGUUAGCAUUUAUCGAAGUCUUUCCCCUUAAUACCAUUGCUACGUUUUCCAAAGGAUUGAGUUUCUCUUGAACACUACGCAGACGAUCGUCUUCAAAUGGAUUAAAAAUCUGCACGUGUUCAGCGCCAACUCAAUCCGGGCCCAAAACUUAGUACAUGUUAUAGUGAGAGAUCUCACUCGACAGAGCACAAUCAUCGGGUCUCUGAUCUGCUUGUAUAGUUAAUUUGCGUUGUAUUUGCUGCAUUAGCUGUUCUUUGGAUUGCGCUGUUUCUGACCCCCUGCCACACCCCGCUGGUUCUCGGUUUACCCAACUACAUUUUCGAGCAUAGAUCUCCGCAGAAUCGAUCUCUCUACCCCACCAAACGUUCUGGAAGACUUCUUCUCGUUUGAAGAGUUGUCGAGAUUCGAGAAUUUCAAUCCCGAUUACAGACUGAAUUGAAUGAAAAUGUGGUAGUUGGAUAAGUCGUACAAUCUCAAAGACAAUUGAAGUGAACCCUUGCUAUAUUAUUAUUGUACUCGUAGUCCAUAGUUAGCUUAACCUAGAAUAAUUUCUUCUAACAUAUAAAGUUACAUUAUCUUGCAUGCCCCUAGAUCAAGCGUUACGUCUCCUAAUACCCUAUGUAAUUGUAGAAUGACCCACAGUUUUGUGACACUAAUUUGAUAAGUACCUCUAUUACAUUAUGGUUUUUCGUGAAAUCCCUCAGCUUCAUCGUAUGCUUAGCUUAUUAUUGAAUCACUUUCGAAAUCAUGACAAAUUGUUUAAAAACUGUUAGUGAAAUAACGAAGAGGAAAACGACAUUCUAAUCCAUUUUGGCUUCCAUAUUUACUACUCUUUGAAUCAUACCGCGGUUUCCUCGAAAUGAGUUUUUUAAAAUUUUUAUUAUCUAUUGUAUAGUUGUUGUUGAUGAUAAUUGAAUCAAACAAGUUUCAGAAUACCUUUUACACAGUUUGACGACAAAUUUAUAUAUGGAUUUUUUCUUCAAUAAAAGCGAAGGCAGAUGCUACAAACGGAUAUAAAAACACCAAGUUGAAAUUUCAUAUGAUCCUGACAAUAUAUUUUUUGGCGUUGAUUUUUUGGCAUUUACGUGAAUUUAAGCUUUGUUUGAUGUUAUCCUACGAAACGUUCUAUUAUUCAGGCAUUAUACGUCGAUGUGAAGGCAAAAUUGGUUUUCGUUUUAGCUUUUUGAGGCCGGCAGAAGUUUGAGUGUUUAAAAUUUAUAAUUUCGUACUUGAAGCUUGAAGAUCCGACAUGAAGAGAAUUAGAUUUGAUACAACAGUCUUCAUGCACUUGUAAAAAGCAUUUCGCUUCCAAAUUCUUGUGCUAUUUGCUUUUUUGCUAAUGCCGAUAUAUUCCGAGCUUUGCAACAGAGAAAAUUAAAGUUCUACUAUCCGUGAAUAUUGUUAUUUUAUAACUGAUUAUAAAACCUGUUGCCUGUCAAUAUCGUGUAGGUAGUUUUGAAAUUGAAUAUAUUUUUAUAUUUUUAUGUAUUUUGUUGAUUUUUAUUAUUUUUGUUAUUUUGUAAUAAAUGUUGUAUGACAUAUUGGAAUGUUAAGUUUUUAAUGAAAGAAACCUCUGGUUAGAGGUGUUUCGCUGUGGUUUUUUUGGCAUUACGUAUUUCGAAAAUAUGUCCAUUGAUAAUUUGCAAUAUAUGGCUCUAAAAUGCAAAUUGCAAAAUAAACGGAAGUGAUAAGGUGCAACGAAUUUGUUUUGGAUUUUUCCACACUGUUAUUAUGUUUAUUAUCCGACUUUUAUAUGGAAGUGGAUUAUUUUUACUCCUCAUUUUAUUCUCUGUUAAAUUGUUAGUCAUCAUUGAUAUUCUAAUAUGUCACUUUCAACGACAUCAUGGUUAUUCUGUGGGAUUUUCUUACUCUGAACUUUUGAGUGAUUUGGGCUUGGCCUGUAGAUACGAAACAGGCUAUUCCUAAACUUAGAUUGUUAAAAUGCAAAUAUUUAAAACAUCUAAUGAAAUUACCUGAAAUAACUGAAUGAAUUUUUGCGAGCCAUGUUAUAUGAACAUUUUUUGUACGUUUGAUGAAAUUCAGUACGAAUAUUUGUAAUUAUAUAUAAAUAUAUAUAUCUUCGAUUGUAAUAAACAUAGGGGUUCUUAUUUCCUUCAUUUUAUCAACAACAAUUUGUGAUAUAUUUGUAAUUUUAUUCAAGUCACAUCAUGAAGCAAAUAGUAGUUUUUAAUUUAUAUAUUGGACCCAUGGAUAUUAUGUAGCUCGUUUCCCGGGGCAUAAUAUAGUUUGGGUAGUUACAGAAAAUCACCUCAUCUAAGUUCCUCGUUAACGAUAAUUUUUUCGACAUACUCCAAGCAGAUGAGCUGGUUUCGGUAUGUCUUUGUAUAACAAUUGUUUUAUAUAAUUCUCACAAUAAUCCUGUUAAUAAAGGCGAGGUUGUUCAGAAAUAAGGAGAACAAAUUUUGAAAUGAAAUAUUGACAAAUUAUUUUUCGAAAGGUAUAAAGAUUAUUAUAUAAAUUAUAAAUAUAUAUGAAUAUUUAAGUAAGGUACUAUUUAACGUAUAUGUGACAAAACUAUGAAAAUAUAUGCAUGAAAACUUCCACUUUUUGUCAUUAUAUCCUAAAAUAUUCUCCUUAUUAUUGAAUAAAGAACUGAUGUGUAGGAGGACUGAGUCAAUCCUUCGUGAAGGGGCCAUUUGAUACGUGUCUUUUUCAGAUACUUUGGGAAUAUUUUUCUCGGUUUUCUUGUUGUUUCGAUCCUGCUAUUUUAAACCCUUCUACAUAUCGGUUGAUGGAUUGCGUGAACUGGAUCUUGAUGGAACGUGUGAUAUCUGCCUGAGCAAGCCCGUUUUUGUUCAAUUCGUUUCUCUUGUUUUUGUGCCAUAUUUCUUCGUUUUGGUGAGAAUAAAAACACUCGAUUCGCGGAAUGACGUGUACGAUCUGUCAUUCCAUCAAGGUUGCACGUUCACAAUAUGUCUUAUAGACAUGAAUACUGAUGAUUAUUGUUUAUUUUUAAUUAGGUAUAGUAUUAAACUAAUGAUGUGAUGAUGAUCUUUGGAUCAUACAACAAGGGUUUAUCAAACCCUCAUUUUCUGAAUAUAGUAGAGUUAAUAAAAUCAUUAUGUGAAAAUUUA